GAGGCUCUAAUAAAUGUAUGUGAGGAGCAGCAGUCGCUCUCACAUCAGCUACUGCUCGGUUCUGACUGGAGCUUCAGGUUUUGUUGGCUCGUUGGAUCAUUUCUGUAGUUUCAUCGCGACUGAAGACUAAAAUCGACACCAGUGAUCAUUAUCACGGAGAACAGGGUUGUUUUGAGGUCAGAUGGGAUCUACCAUGAGUCCGUAACAGACGCUUUUCCUCCGUUUGCUCCUGAUUGAUGCCAGAAUGGCCACGGCUAAGAAAGUGUCUUCAAAGACGGGCGGUGUUCGCUUCGUCGAGGAACCUGCAUCCGCCGCUCACUCGCAUGUGCACUUUGACGAAAAGCUGCAUGACUCCGUUGUCAUGGUGAUACCAGAGUCAAAAAGCAACUUCCUGGUUAAGGUGGGCUUUCUGAAAACGCAGCACCGAUAUGAGAUCGUGUUCACACUGCCUGAGGUCCCAGAGCUGGGGAAAGACGUGUGUCCUGCACCAAUCCCCAAUCCACACCUCCGGAUCACCAGUGUAACAGUGUCUUCAGACGGAGGUCUAAGGGUGACGUGUGAAUAUAUGGCCCAUCAGGAGGGAGUGAUGUGUGAGGAGGUGCAGAUUCUUAGCGAGAGCAAAGAGGACGUGUGUGUGAAGGUCAAAGUUCACGCUCGUGUCAUGGACCGUCAUCACGGGACUCCGAUGCUGCUGGAAGGUGUGCGGUGCAUUGGAGCAGAGCUGGAGUACGACUCGGAGCAAAGCGACUGGCAAGGCUUCGACUGAUCGCCCGAAACUCACUUCAAACUUCUCAAUCCGUGCCACAUAUCCGGUUUUGGCAGUGACGGAAUAUUCUAGAUUCUGGAAGUCUGUCGCCGGCUGCUCAGCAAUGUCUCUGCUUUCUGCUCAGUGUUUGGAAAGGGCACUGUGCUUUCUUGGUUUUACUUACUGUUACAAUAGAAUGCAGGAAUGAUCUGUUUACUG